UGGUCAGCCUAUACUGGGCCCGUAUAUAUAAGUAGAUCUAUGCCUACUUUUGUCUUUUUCCGCCCGAUUGACUUUUAUAAUGUGAUUCUUGCAAAUGUUGAAACAAAAAUUGACCUUUCUUAGCGGCACAUGCCCGUAACAAGCCGAAAAGCUGCCUAACCUAACGUGAGUCACUGAACGUUGUUUAUAUAUGUUUUGACGGAUUGGUCUCAGACUAUUACCCGAGCGGGUUCAUGAUCAUAGUCAUGAUGAAUCGUUAUGUAAUAAUUAGCAAACGUGAGUUCAUGUGUGAACGGUGAUUUGAACGUCGUGUUUUUAGUGUUUUGUAACAUGUAGUACGUGAUAUCACGCGUGAACCAUUUGGGGCAUCACUAUUCGAUAGCUUUACGAUGUUCAACGCAAGAUCCUACACUAAGAGCUGUUUCGUGGAGGUUCAUAAGCCUUGUGGUUUCUCAGUUGAUGUCAAGGAGAGACUAUGUUUUCAAAAUCACCAUGUUAAAGUAGACAUUCAUCUUGUCAUCUUUGGAAAAAUAUUUGUUUGAUUGUUGCUAUGGUUUCCACUAAACAUCUAUAAGAAAUGAACUAUAUGAACGUGAUAUUACACAACGAUUCCAGGCUAAGGAACACUCGCAAAACAAGUCAACGUUUGCUUUUCAGCUGAAAACAAGGACAACGAGUGGUAUGGAGAGAAACCAAUCCAUGCAAGGUGCGUUUAGCAAGGCUCCCAGCUGUGCAGACGAUGACCCUAACGAAAAUUUAUCGUCAUCAUCAUCCUCGUCAUCAUCAUUAGUAUCAUCAUCAUCGUCAUUAUCAUCGUGGAGAAAGACAAUGGUUCCGGAGCACAACUAUUCAAGGCCUUCAGAUAUAGAUGAACUUAAAGAGUUGUUAUCGGAUGUCGAAGCGCAGCAACAAGCCAAGGGCGAUGUGAAACAGGUUGAAAAAGCUGCGGAGUUAAGACAGCAGCAUCAGGAAUGGUCACCAGUUUCCUCCUCCGAAAACGUGUUCAAGCUUGUGUUUGAGGCCAGCGGUGUGCGCUUAGCAUUGAAAAACGAUAAAACUAAGCCACAAAAAGAUCCUGAAAAACAUAAAUGAACCUCAGGCCCGGUUACCAAGGUAGAAGUCCUUUCUGCUUCGUUCUUGGUCA